AACUCAGAUCAGAUAUUUCAAAAUUUCUUUUCUAUGUCCACAUGACUUAACCUCAAAAUCUCCAGGUCAAAUUUCUUGUAACUAACAAUCCAUUAACUGAAUUUAUAAAAUCUCCAAUUAAACUUUUGUUUACAAGAUCAUGAUCUAUAUCUCAAAUCUAUAUUCACUUUACAAAAUGGCUAGCCUUCUAACUCGUCACUUCCCUUGAUUUCCCCGUCCUCGGUUUCGCUUCUUGAAAUGGUGGACAAGGAAAACAAUGAGAUAAAAUAUCUCAGUAAGUAAAUAUGGAUAGCCCUUGGGUAAAACUUUUAGCAUGCCAGAUAAACCAUAUAAGUAUAACAGAACUUUCACUGAUAAACCGUUAAUGCGGAAAUCAAAUUCGGUUCAAUAGCAAAACGUUUCCUGACAAACCGUCAAUGCAAAAUCAUAUUCAGUUCAAUAACAAAACGUUUCAUGACAAAACCGUUAAUGCAGAAUCAAAUUCAGUUCAGUAGUCUCAUCUAUAAGUCAUGGCCAAUGUUAUAACAACCCACUGGCAGGCGACAGAAAUUUGCCAAUGUAUUCGCCCAGUGCUACUGAAUGUAAAAGGACACUAGCCUAUGAUCUUGACAAUGAGACUGGUAGUGGAGAUUUUAACGGGAACUCUCUUCUACGUUCACGUAGGCAGCGAUGCCACCAUUGGAGAUCUCAAGCGAGAGAUUGGAUCUCAGCAGAAUCUACCUCAUGAUCGCCUAAUCCUGAUUUUGGACACCAAUCAGAGUCCGAUGAACGGAGGAGACGAAGAGGAUGGAGCGUCUCUCUCCGACGAUGGAGCGUCUCUCUCCGACUGUGGAGUGAAAGAUGGAUCUCACAUCUACCUCUUCUUUAGUCCUGUCGACGAUGCCUCUACUCAUCAUUUUCUCUACAAUUUCGAUAUUCUUCAGGGAUAGCAUCCACAUUAUUCCCACAAAUUAAGAGAUUUCUAUAUAAGCUUAGACCUGUUUGGCAACACUAUCAUUAUUAUUAUUAUCUUGUUAUUUUUUGCAACCAAACAAUUAUAGAAUCAUAUUUAACAAAUUAUUAUAUAUAGUGUAGUCAGUGAAGAAAAAUAUUAAUAAAUAUUAAUAUCCUUA